AUGAAAGCGAUCACGAAUCAUAAUGAGCGUGGUAGCUCUGAUACCCCGAUCUUCGAUGAAAGCAUUGAGAACCUGACAAUAGAAGUAGUCGUAAUGACCCAGAAUUAUAGUCCUCUUCAUACCUCGGAGGGGAAACGUUCUCAUCAGAAGCCGUACAUCAUAGCGGUGGAUCGCCGCAAAUCCCCCACCGCCCGCCUUUCGCUUUGCCUUGACCGCAUCCGUCGUCAUCAACAUUAUCGCUUGGUAGCCCAGUUUUCCCUCGUGGUUUCCAGCCUCCUCGCACGGAGCAGCCCUCCCAACCAGCGGUUUCCGGGCACGAGACGGGAUGAGUGCAGAGAGACGACUAGUCCGACGACGACGACGAUCGAGCUGUGGGAAAUGGAGUUUGAGGUCUCCCUGGAGAACGAGCAGCAGUUCUGGGACGAUGAAUACCUCAACUCACCGUUCGAGGUCUCGCGCUGCUCAUAUAAAUUACUCGCAUCAAAUGAUAUAUGGCUUAUUGCAGGUCUGCGCUGGAUGAAUUCCGCUCUUCCAAGGGCUUUCAUAUCCCUUCGGUCUGUCUUGCAAUUGGGCCCGCUGACGGUUUUCGGUGCUGUACAGGAGGAUGAUCCGGACACGCUACAUCUGAUCGUUUCGUUCCUUCUGUUUGAUGGCCGGCAGCAUGAGGAGUCCUUUCGGAUGAUGAAUGAGGAGGGUUCAUUCCCGCGAUUGCUAGAGCUUCUGCAACUCUACAAAUUAAAGGAUGGGGAGAAUCAGGCUGCACUUCAUCGCAUGCUGAUGGACUUGCUGUAUGAAAUGUCGAGAAUCCAGCGGAUAAGGAUUGAGGAUCUUGUGCUUGUCGACGAUGAUUUUAUCAAGGGCCUUUUCGAGAUUAUCGAAGAUCUCUCCUACGAUGCCAGCGACCCUUACCAUUAUCCGGUGAUUCGCGUUUUGCUGGUUUUCAACGAGCAGUUCAUGAUUUCAGCGCAUGAUCCUGUGGUCGAUAAAUCGUCGACUCCCUUGACUAACAAGGUCAUCAAGGUCUUGGCUAUGCAUGGAAAUCUCUACAAGACGUUCGGCGAGAACAUCAUUCUCCUCAUCAACAGAGAAGCGGAAACAUCUCUUCAGCUUCUCACGCUCAAGCUCCUAUACCUCAUAUUUACAACCCCUAGUACUUAUGAAUACUUCUACACCAAUGAUCUUCAUGUCCUGGUUGACAUUCUUAUUCGGAAUCUUCUGGACUUGCCUGAAGAAGCAUCUGCCCUACGCCAUACCUACCUCCGCGUUCUCUACCCAUUGCUCGCUCACACGCAGCUGAAGUAUCCUCCCCACUACAAGCGCGAAGAACUCAAGAAAGUGCUCAAUAUCUUGGGCCGGGGCCAGCUAUCAAGCGGUGAGGGCGACCUCGAGAGAAUAUUGCACUUUGAGGAAGUCGACGAAACCACGAGGAGACUAGUCCUCCGAUGCGCAACAGUCGAGUGGUUGCGAAACGAGGAAUCUGAAUCACAUAGAGAGAGCGUCGCCUCGUUUGACUCCACGACCGAUGCAGUCCAGACGGACGCGGAGUCUGGUACUCCCACCAGCAUGGAAGGCAGCUCCCCUGGGGCUCUAUCACCCACCCGGCUUUGUGGAUCGGGCUCUCCUAAGCCAGACGCGCAUCGCAAGCCAAGCGCGGUACAGCGUCUCGGAAUGCACGUGGAGCCAGCUUCAUGCUCAGCUAUCAGCGUGCAGGAAGUUGCCAACCAGCACGAGAAACCUGGCGUCAUCACCCCUAGUCGCAAUGACGCCCAUCCCACAGUGAAUUCUUCAACUACGGACACCAGUGCGACCAUCAAACCUAAAAUUAAGCCGGAGCCUCCCAAAUCCCGACGCCGGCGCGGGAGACGCAUCGCCGAGGAGGAAGACAAUGCCGAUAAAACCCCCGAGGGCACAGCAUCAGCAGCAUCGAGUCCAGCCACGGCUUCCACAUCUGUAACUCCUCUGGUCGAUUGCGGAAACUCUACAAGCAUGUCUGGUCUCGCUCCACCAGUCCCUGCACACUUACGUCGUUCCGCAUCGAAUCCUCCUCCAGCCCUGCCACCUCCUCGACGUUCGAGUCACCCGGCCGUCCAGGCUCAUCCUCUCUCCGGCAACUGCAGCCCUCUGAAUAGCAGUCCUCUGAACGUCCCCUCCGUCGGCAAACACGGCCAGAAACCUGAACCGCCGAAGGCACGUCGUUGGGCGAGAGGAAGGCACGCACAUGGUGACUCCGCGGACAGGUCCGGGAAGGAUAUGCCGAUGAAUGGUGAAAUCUUGCGCGAGUCGACGGCCGAAUCGAACUGUGGGACGGUGAGCGUGGAGGAGGCGGUUCAAAAGGUGUCGCUGGAGUCUUGA